AUGGAUGCUCCCCUGAUCAACGGAUCCUUUGGCGACCUCAUCAAUCGUGCGUGCAUACCGUCCGCACAAGCGAGUUCCGGGUGCAAGCUCAUGAAGGUUGCUAUGGACGGCGCGCUGUACAUGCCCAAGGUGAACCUCGCGGCGCACGACGUUUACGCGGCCCUGCUCCAUGGCAUAUUCACCUCCAACCUCGCCAUUUGCGGCGCUGGUGUCCACUGGGUUUGCAGGCUUGUGGACUCCACCACCGGCGUCGUGCCCAACUAUGAGGAUAAGGACGGUAAUUGGAUGCUCGUUGGGGACGUCCCCAUCCCCUUCAAGAUGUUCGUGGACUUGUGCAAGCGGAUCCAUCUCAUGCAGAGCUCUGAGGCCGUCAACCAAUCACCAAGGACGUCAUCCUAA